GAAAGAACAAAUUAAUUUUUCCCUUCUUCUUACCAUUUUCCCCUGGAGCGGUUGAAAGCUCCUCUACAUUUGUCAAUUAAAACCUCAUCAACCUGAUUUCGAACAUCUUUUAACUCCAGCAUUUUUUCUUCAUCGGGAUUAUUAUUUACUUCCUUUUGCAAUGAACAGUAUUUUUUUCUUCUAAAUCUUUAUAAAUCAAUCUUCCUUUUUUACUGACCUCUUUUGAAUAUUUCAUAGAAAAUUCUUUAUUUUCACUUUAUACACUUCCUUUGUAAUUUGUACAGAAUACGAAUCAUUUAAUUUAUCCCUUUCUAAUUAUAUUUGAGAUAUUUUCUUUAUACAUUGUAUCGUUUAACAAUUGGUUGUUUAUUUUCCAAUAACCUCUCCCACGUUCUUCCUCGGUAGUUUAUUUUCCAAAGAAACCGCAUUAUGGUCAUAUUGAUAGUAGGUCUAAUUUAUCACAUAUCAUUAAAAUAUAGAUCAGAGAUUUUCAGUAUGCCACCCCUAAAAAUAUGAGAAUAAAUUUUUUAUACUUCAAUUCAUACCCAAAAAAAUCUUUUCUAUAAUGAAAUAAAAUAAAUUCCGUUAUGUUUAUCCCCAGAAUCAAUCAUUUUGCAAUGGAAUUUGACUGGCACCAGUUAACGCCUUAUCAUUUAUUGGCAACGGCUUUAGUUGGUCUAAUGGCUGCGUGGUUUGUGAAACACCUGAUGAGGUUACCUAAGAACCUUCCACCCGGGCCGACGGGACUACCUCUCCUUGGAGUCGUAUCCAAAUUUUUCGGCACUUCGGACCCUCUUGCCCUGCUCUCGGAGUGGGCCGACAUGUACGGUGAAAUCACGUCCUUCAACAUCGGUACACAGUUGGUGGUGCUCCUGAACGCUUAUGAGGUGGUCGCAGAAGCCUUCCGUCACCCCGAUCUCCAGGACAGACCAAGGUGUCGCAUUAAAGAGGAAGUAUCUGGGUGCGGCCGUAAUGCAGGUCUGCUAAUCGGUGUUGGACAAUCCUGGAAGGAACAGCGCAAGUUCACCCUCUCAGUCUUCCGUAGCCUCGGGGUGGGCAAGAAGAGCUACGAAGACACCGUCGCUGCAGAGAUGACGCAGCUAGGGAGGGCUAUCAAGGAGAAGAAAGGAUCCCCGUUCGACCCCAACAUCCUCCUCGGACAAGCGGUUGCCAACGUCAUCUGCACUAUCAUUUUCGGGACGCAGUACACGUACAGCGAUACAGAGUUCCAACAGCUUCUUUCCUUGUUGAACUUCAGCAUGAGGCGAUCGGGAGUAGGAGGAUGGUUGUUUUUUAUUCCAAUACCAGGCAUUUCGAAAGUUCCCUUCGGUGUUAUCAAGACUAUGGCGUCGAAUGCUAAGGAAUUCUAUGCUUUCAUCGAUGGCCAUAUUGAAACUCACAAAAAGAAUGGAGUGCCCGAUGUCCCAAGAGAUUUCAUCGACCAGUAUUUGAUUAAGUUGAAAGAAAUGAAGGGAACUAAAUCUUCAUUCAGCCACCAUAGUCUUAAAUCCGUUAUCGCUGACCUCUUCUUCGCGGGGAUGGAGACAACGACCACCACGCUCAAGUGGUUUAUCCUCUACAUGAUGGCCUACCCCGAAGUCCAGUCACGUGUCCAGGCGGAGCUCGAUCACGUGGUCGGAAGAGAGCGGUUACCUGGGUUGAGCGAUGGAAAGAAUCUCCCUUACACCUGUGCUGUGAUUAUGGAGGUCCAGCGCAAGGGGGCUGUGGUUGCAAUGGGGGUGCCCCACUUGGCUUCUGUUGACGUCACAAUCAGAGGCUACACCAUACCAAAGGGCACUAUCAUUUACCCUAACAUCUGGAAGGUGAUGAACAGCAAGAACUUCUGGGACGAUUCGGAUGCCUUUAAACCUGAAAGGUUUCUAAGCGAAGAUGGGAAGUUGACCAAUCGGCAAGAGCUGAUAUAUUUCAGUACUGGACGACGCAUUUGUCCUGGAGAGCAACUAGCCCGGAUGGAGACGUUUCUAGGCUUCACCAGCCUCCUUCACAGAUUCACCUUCAAGAAACCAGACAACUCACCACCAUUGUCUUUGGAUGCAAACCUGGGAGGCACAAGGAGUAGUUUACCGUACAUGACUUGCGCUAUUCCGAGGGAAUCUACAGAAAAUUUGCUUGAUUGAUUGAUUAAUUGAAGUCUAUUGCUUGUUUUUUUUCUUAAAGCUAAAAAUAGGAAAGGCCUGUAUGGGUUUUAGGCUCAAUCAGUGGUAUUUUGCUUUUCAAGAUCAUCGCUUCUUUCGAGAAAAGUCUUUCGCUCUAGUUCAUUUUUCUUCCUACUGAUUGCUCCACCCAUCCGUUAGAUCCGUUCAAGGUCAUAGAAGUUACCAAAGUUGGGUAUACUUUUUCUAUACGCACUGUACAGAGUGAGUCAGAAAAAAUGUCCCACUUUUUUAAAAGUUGUAUUGUUUGAAGUAUGAAUAUUUAAUCAUGGGUUUCAUGAUGUCUUGAUAGAGUUAUCCUCUCAGUACAUUUAGGUACCAUUUUCAUUUGAAUAUCUGAAUGCAUGACUGAACAUCAGAUAAUCUUUACAAGACUACCAGACUCAUCUCUUGAAUGGCUACUUGCACCGUUUUUCUUUUCUUUAUCAGAUCUUCCGACAGUUAAAUGAAAGUUCAAUUCUCGAUAUUUACUGAUGUUGUCAUUAAACAGUAUUAACUUCUCUUUAAUGUGAUACAUAAUUCAUUGAAGGUUUGUAUCAAAAAAAUAAAAAAUAAAGAGUGUCCCUUUUAUUCUUUGUUGGUAUAGUAUUGUAAUGCGUUGUUGUACACAUUCUUUUUUCUUUUUAAAAAUAAAUUUGUACAAUUCAUCUUAACAGCUGUAGAAAGAUUAUGAAUAAAUAUACCAUUCAAUUCAAUAUUUUCACUCCCGUUUUCAAAUCUAUUAUAAGCAAGUGGAAAGUUUAUUGUUGAGCCUGAGAUGUCAGCCCCCCCCCCCCCAACAGCAAAUUAAGCUUGUACACAUUUAUGUCCACACUCCCAUACUCAAACCGAUUUUCUUUUGAGAAAAAAAAAAGUUUGAUAUUUAUUCUAUUCUUUUAAGGUACAUUAUAUUUUAAAAUUCAAAUUCAAAAAAAUUCAGCAUGCUGUAAAAUUCUACCCUGAGGCGUACAAAAAAAAGAAUUCACGAAUACAAAAAAUAAAUUAAGGCAUUCAAAACUGAAAAAUAUUAGCCCAAAGAGG